AUGGAAAUAAUCUCUGAUGAAUUUUAUGUUUAUGCUAAUGAUAUUAAUUACAUUAAUACUCAUUUUGUCUCUAAAAACAAAGAACAUAUUAAUGUUGAAUUACCUUUGCCAAAUCUUAUACGAUCCAAACUUCUAAAUGUUCAUCAAAAUGCAACCAAUAAUUUUCAAGAUAACUCAGAUAAUCUAAAACGUAAAAAAUCCGAAGUUGAUAACUCAGAAGAUAAUCCUUCAAAAUGUAAAAAAUCUGAAAAAUUUGAUGAAUCGGAUGAUAUUGAAAUUAAUAAUGCCGAUAAUAUUAGAGAUCAUCCUCAAAAAAAUGGAAGAAUCUUGCUAAAACAUUUAGAAGAAAAACAUCAAGAACGUCAACAAAAGUACGAAGAAGAAGCUUAUAAAUUAAAAGAAUAA